AUGUUGUCCAUACUCCGAAAAGCCCGAUUAAAGGACAAAGAAAUGCGAAUAUUGAUGCUGGGUCUUGAUAACGCUGGUAAGACGACUAUUGUCAAGCGAAUCAUGAACGAAGACAUCACGACGGUCAGCCCAACUCUAGGCUUCAUCAUCAAAACAAUUGACUUUAUGGGAUACAAACUCAACAUCUGGGAUGUCGGCGGGCAAAAAACACUCCGAUCUUAUUGGAAAAACUAUUUUGAAAAAACUGAUACUUUAGUCUGGGUUGUCGACGCCACAGAUCGGCUUCGCGUGGAUGACUGCCGACAUGAGCUUUCGGGUCUGCUUCUGGAAGAGCGACUUAUGGGCGCCAGUCUGUUAGUAUUUUUGAAUAAAACAGAUGUGGAACAUUGCAUGAGUGAACAGGAAGUUCGAGAGCGUCUUGACUUGGAUUCAAUCAAAACCCACAAAUGGACUAUUCUUCCAUGCAGUGCAAUGACAGGCACAAAUCUCAAUGAAGGUUUGGAAUGGGUGGUACAAGAUGCUAAAGACCGACUCUUCCUCUACUAA